AUGGAGGCCAGCCCCUACCUGGUUGUCGACGGCGUGGCGGUGCCCAACGCUGGCGCAGCGCCCAGCAUCGCGACAGGCGUCGACGUCACCAUCCCAGUGGAUGUGAUGUCAGCGCUCCUGCAGCGCCGCGGCGGCGCCACGCCGGCCGCCCUGCCGCCCCUCGAACCUGACGGCUACACUGUCACGAUAGCCUUGGCGGGGUUCUUUUUCCUGCUGCCGGGCGGCUUUGGCGAAGGCCAGCACCGGAUUGAGUUUGGCCUGCGGAAUCAGUGCUCCGUGGACGGCGAGGUGCUGGAGCAGGGCACCCGCGUCACCGGCAGUGCCACGCAGUGCUACCCCGACCCGGCGGACUGCGAGCAGUCCGCAGUAGUGGCGCGGACUGUCGAGCUCAGCCCACCAUAUAGGGCGGCGUACGACCUGCAGCUGACACGCCGCAAAUGA